AUGAUGGGCCUUCUUAGCGGGUUGCAGGGCGGUGCCAAUAACGUCCGCAAACGGGUCGGCGGCGGCAGUGGCGACCAAGACCGGGCUCCCGAAGGCAGCAAUCCCGAUGAUACAUCCAUCCUCGACGAGAACGAGGGUUCCAUAGUCAUGUCAAUUAUAUCGCAACUUCGAAUUGGAAUGGACCUACAGCGUGUUGCGUUUCCGACCUUUGUGCUCGAACCACGAAGCAUGCUUGAGCGUAUAACAGAUUUUAUGAGCCAUCCAGAUCUCAUUUUCGGGCAACCCGAAGAGCGCUUCAUUCGAGUUCUACGAUACUACCUCUCUGGGUGGCAUAUCAAACCAAAGGGUGUCAAGAAGCCAUAUAAUCCUGUAUUGGGUGAAUUCUUCCGCUGCCGCUACGACUAUCCCAAUGGCACCCAGGCGUUCUAUAUUGCCGAGCAAGUAUCCCACCAUCCGCCUAUCUCUGCGUAUUUCUACAUUUCUCCGGCCAACAAGGUUCGGAUCGUUGGUGAACUUCGGCCAAAAUCCAAGUUCCUUGGAAACAGUGUUAUGACGGUCAUGGAAGGAGAGAACCGAGUGCUGCUGAUGGGAAAGCCUGAGGAUGGUGAAUAUGUUAUCUCCAUGCCUAACAUGUAUGCAAGGGGUAUAUUAUUCGGGAAGAUGGUACUGGAGCUGGGCGACAUGUGUGCUGUGAAAUGCGAAAAGACGGGGAUGGUCUGUGACGUGGAAUUCAAGACCAAGGGCUUCUUUUCGGGGGGUUACAAUGGUGUAUCAGGACGUGUGAAGCAAGGUAACACAGAUAUUGCCGAAGUAUCUGGAUUAUGGAGCUCGUCUAUGGAAUACAAAUCGCUCAAGACCAACGACAAACGGGUGUUGUUUGAUGCUGCCAAGGAAAACAUUGUCGAGAAAUUCGUGUAUCCAGAGGAGGAGCAGGAACCGAAUGAGUCUCAAAGACUAUGGACAAAGCUUACAGACGCAAUCCACCAUAAAGAUAUGGAGGCUGCUACUGAUGCCAAAUCGGCGGUUGAGAAUGCGCAGCGCGAGGCGGCUCGUAAGCGGGAAGAAACAGGCACCAAACAUGUCCCCAGGUUCUUUGAACAGAACAAGGCCGGACAGUGGGUGCCCAAGAUUCUCGGUGGGAACGGCAUUCCAUCCAACCCGGAUGCAGCGGUGAAAUUCGUUGAAGAGUGGAUAUGGCCAAAGCAAACUGCAGCCCAGCCUUCCUCACCCAGCAAAGCUGCUAAUAAAGCUCCAGCUCCGGCCCCAGCACCGACUUCCUCUGCUCCAGCCCCGACCCCAGCGCCAGCUCCGGCGCCGACUUCAGCCGGAAGUCCAGGAGCGAUCAGUGCAACGUCUAGUUAA